AUGUCAGCAGAAAAUGCACCCCGCAAAAAGAGAAUCGCUUCUGAUACUACUCCCGUUCCUGAUGGCGACCAUCGCAAAAGGCGUCGCAACAGAACUACUCAGUCUUGUUUAAACUGCCACACCUCUAAGCGAAUGUGUGACAGGAAGCGCCCAGCCUGCGCGCGUUGCACGCAGCUUGGUUUGACAGGACUCUGUGUAUAUGAGGUCGAUGAUCCCAGUCAGCGAUUAGAUGCUCAAGACGAGAGCUCCCGAUUGAUUAAACGAGUCGCCGAACUUGAAGGCGUUAUUCGUGAAUUAAAGAACAAACCUCACCCCCGGUGGGUGCAGAGCAGUCAACCGGGAGGUAGCGACGAGUCAUCAUCCUCUAAUGCUCCAUCUCCUCCUAUAUCUUCACCGUCUUCUGACAGGGGCGAUUCUUCUCCGCGGCAAAAUUCAUCUUUAAACCCAACCACACCCCCCAAAACUAGUUUAUACCCUCUUUCGAUACAAUCUUCGGCGAACUAUGACACCCGCCGUAAAUCUCCCUAUCUUCUUUCACCUUUGGAAAGUACACCCUCACCAGGGCUUAUGACGCCAACAGAUGAAUACCCAUUCUCCUCUGCUGGCAUCGCAGGGCAGGGAGGGAACCAAGACUACGAUUUGACGACAAUGUUUUUGAAUUACCCAGGACUCAUAGGACUCAAUGACGGAGGUUUCUCACCGGUACACGAAGCUCGACCUCAUAAACAUCAUUCCUGUAGCUGCCUUCAUGAUCCCACAAGCUAUAACACUAUGCUGGAGCUAUCUGUGCGGUUAAGAAAAGCCUCCGACGUUCUCAGCCAGUCGUCCUGUCAUCAUAAUGGUACAUAUUGUCAUCUCCACCAACGUAUCUCGGAGCUAGAUUCCUUUACUAUUAAUGCUCUAAGCGAUAUCACACACACACCCAGAGGAAUGCCACCAGAGUCUCAGUCCCAGGGCUAUCAUCCGUCGCAGAUGUACUCACAGAGAAUGCCUUCGAAUAUGAGGGGAUCUUCGCUGAACGUUAGGCCCUGGGAUAUGAUGUCCUCUAACGCCAGUUCGCCAGCACCUCUUGAUGACUCCUUCAUGUCGUGGGAACCACCUCGGAGGUCAUAG